CGCAACAUUGUAGAGGAAAAGAUACUCAUCUUGUAUGAUACAUGAAAUAGGAAUCAGUCAUGCGAAGAACAAGGUUGAACAGGACGAUGAGUGACGAGCAGGGUGUAGCGCCAAGGCGCCAAUCCGUAUACGGCGCAAGCGGAUUUGAGCUUCAUCAUCGCAGAGCUCCGGCGGUUGGACAUCUCAACCCGACAACCCACCCCUCACACGAUGCAGUCACUUCGCAGGACAACAGUGGCUGCUGCCCGGACCGGCCGAACCAACCUCUCGCGCCAGCCGCGUCGAUAUGCGCACGAUACGCACGCUCAUGGCCACGGCCACGGACCCGUCAAUGAGCCCAUGGGGCGGGGCUUUUGGGGCACGAUUGCCGUGAUCCCGACCGGGUGGGCAAUUUAUGCCAUUUCGCGAACCAACAGCGACAACACAGAACCUUUCUUUACCCGCAUGAUCGCCAAGUACACGGAAGCGCAGGAGCGGUGGGCGAGGAGUAAUGAUAUACACGUUCGUCUGAUUGAGCAGGCGGGUGAGGAUCGAGUGCUCUUCAUGAACUCAAGGCCGCAGGAGUAUGUGGACAUGAAGUUCCCCGAGAUUAUGAACGUCGGAUCACCAUACAACGUACCAGCCGGCAGCCAGGUCCCAAUGGACCAAGUCAUCGCAAAAUACAAGAAGCUCGCAUACGAAGAGAACGAGCGCAAGCUCGAGGUACUCAGGAACAACGAGAUCAAGUCCGAGCAGCCCUUUGAGGGAAAGGAGCGCAUUCGAAAGGCGCCUGAUAUCCGCGUAAACAUCCAACUCUUUCUACCGCACAUCUGCAUUGCUUGUUCUUUCGCGCACAUAUCUCUGAACCACAAUUGGACGAGCUUCAAUGCUAACGCUGGAGAACCAAAAAUAGCACCGCUGCUCCCCGAGCUCAGUUUCACCACGCGCGAGGAGAAUGUCAUGAACGGCUCUGCAUGGACCUCAGACGACCCGCUGCAUACCGCAAACGCAAUCCCCCCUCGAUCAGCCAUCGCCGCUGCCAUGCCUGCCUACACAUCCUCUCGCAACGUAUCCGGACCUCUAGCCGUCGAGACAGCCGUCAUGGCCGGCGAUCCAAACGCAACCUCACCAUGGGCCCGCCCCAACCCACACAGCAUCCCGAAUUCCAAGACGUCGCAAUACAUUGAUAAGAUCACAUCAGAGAACGACCGACUGCGGAGAGAAUUGACAGCAGAGAAGCUCGCCAGAGAGGAUGAAACCAAGCGAGUGUCGGCCGCACGAUCCAAAGCCGAAGACUCCCGCGCCGAGUUCCAGCAUCUCCAAGUGCUCGCCGACACCAAUGCGAGAGCGAUAGAGCGGAAGGACCGGAAGCUGGACGAGCUGAAGGCUACACUCGAGGCCGAAGCUAAGAGGAGGAGGGUUGCCGAGCAACGGGCCGAAGAAGCGCUGAAGAUGCUGGGAGACACACGUUCAGAAACACAGAGGCAGCUCUCGCAGGCGUACGAAAUGAAGGGCCUAGCAGAGACACAACUCGAAACAGCGAGGGAUGGAUUCAAGCGCAUUACCGACGGCUAUGAGAAGAAGAUCAGGCACAUCAACGAGGCGCUACAUGAGCUACGGAAACAGCGGAUCGAGGACGCAGACAAGAUCAAACGGCAAGCCAUCAUCAGUGACCAGUUACACCAUGAAAUGACGAGGACGACACGGUCCGAGGACAGAAUGACAGACAUGAUGGCUGCCUACAAGAGGGAGCACCGCAAAGAGAUGGACGCCCUCCUGCAGGAAGCACAACGACUACGACUCGCUCUGCCAGAGAAAGAGAGGGAGGCACAGAGGCUCACUGACGAUAUGAAAGAAACACGCGACAAGAUGCGGUGGGUAAUGACCCAACAGCGGCAGCAAACGGGCAGCUGAACCUAGUGCAUCCCGCACAUUCUACGACUUUUAAUGAUCAAUGUUUUUUGGGUUAGAAGGCAAUCUGUACCAUAUCUGGAUCUGGCGUUGGAAUUGGACACUCAUCCCCUUAGCAUUCUGGGACGAGUAGGCGCCAUCUGGGCAUCAUCAAGGGCUAGCAGGGCUUGCGUCCGGCAUGUCUGUCUGUUUCUCUUGCGAGCUUGCGGUAUUGAACUGCUCGAGACACCAGUCUCACCCCGACAAAUGUAUCUUCUCAUCCGCACUGUAGAUGACGAUCAUAAUAUUGCAUGUUUUUUCAUCGAUGACCUCC